AUGACAGAUAUAAUUGUACCUAUUAAAGAAGUUUUAGAAAAAAUUGCUAAAGAACAAAAUUUUGUCAACUACAAUAUUACAAUUGAACCAACUUGUAGCAACGGUGCUAACUAUUCGUCAACAUUGUAUAAUGUUAUAAUCAAAGAAGACGGCAAGACACAUCACAUGUUUGCGAAACUUGCAGCUUUAGGAGAAAAAAUUCGCUUAGAACAGCCACAACUCUAUCAAAAAGAAAUCUUUGCUUACACGAAGUUGGCAAAAGUUUACGACACCCUGCAGGAUAAACAUCAAGUACCACAGAAACACAAACUUAGUUUUACCAAAUUCUACGGUUGCAAAAGCACAAUUUAUAAAGAAGUUCUAGUCUUCGAGAACCUUGUUGCAAAAGGAUAUCAACUUUACGAUAGAUUUAAGUCGAUAGAUUGGGAAUAUGCCAGCGCGGCUGUGACAGAACUUAGCAAAAUGCAUGCACUAUCAUUUGCUUACAGUAAUUACCAUCCAGAAGAUUUUAAUAAAGUGGUUGACGAACUAAACUUUGAAUGGAGUUUAGAGAAAGGAAAUUUAUCAGAACAUUUUGAGAUGGCAAGUGUCAAAGCCGUAGAAUCGGUUCAAGAAACCACCAGGGACCAGCUGAAGAGGUUCUUUGAUACAUUUGAAAAAAAAAGGUAUCCGCAAUUUUAUGUACCCACUCGAAGACCUGUAUUGGCACACCUGGAUUAUAGGCCCAGCAACUUAAUGUACAGGACCCGUGAUGAUGGAACAGUGGAGAUCAAAAUAGUCGACCUUCAAUCUCUGCAGGGCUGUAGCCCUGUUUUGGAUCUACUAUACUUCAUAGUCAGUGGAACAGAUGAAAACUUUCGCGCACAGUACUACGAGAAGCUAAGAGAUCAUUACUACACGGAGCUUGAAGCAGCAAUGAAAAGACUUCAUUUGGAGCCUGAGAAGGUGUACUCCAGGGCAGACUUCGAGCAUGAGUUGAAGGAGAAACUCCCAUUUGGCUUGAUAAUGGCAGUGAUGAUAUUGCCGAUAGUGACAGUGUCUGUAGAAAACGCCCCCGAGGUGAACGACACCAUAGCGAUGACCGACUUCUCUGUGGAGCCCGCCAACCAUUUGUACACUGAGCGACUGAACGGAAUAGUAAAUGAUUAUAUCAAAUGGGGAAUACUUCAAUAA